AUGAAUGAACCAAUUUUUCAUUACUAUGGCAAUAAAGCAGGUGUUGAAGGAGCAGAUUAAGUUAAAUAAGUAAUUGAUGAUGCAACUAGAGGAUCUGAAUAUUAUAAAAGAUAAUAGGAGAAACGAUAAUAAGUUCUUUAAAAAGUGAAUAAGAUGUAGAUGGAAUUGGAUAAUUAUAAGAAGAAUGAACUAAAAAUCAAAGAAACAAAAGAAUUUAUUUAGAAUAAAGUGAAAGAAUUUUAAAUUAACACAGAUAGAAUUUGGGCGCAUUUUGAUAUGGAUAUGUUUUAUGUAGCUUGUGAACUAUUAGAUAAACCAGAACUUAAAGAUAAACCAGUUGCUGUAGGUUAAAGUAUAAUAUCUACAGCAAAUUAUGUUGCUAGAAAAUAUGGUGUUAGAUCUGCUAUGCCAGGUUUUGUAGCUAAGAAGUUAUGUCCAGAUCUCAUAUUUAUUCCUUGUCAUUUUGAGAAAUAUAGGAGUGUUUCAAAUGUAUUUGAAUUAGAUUUACAUUAGAUUUUUAUGACUAUCCUGAAGAAGUAUGAUGACAAUCUAGAAUCUAUGGGGUUGGAUGAAGCAAAUUUAGAUCUUACAGAAUAUAUAAAUAAUUCCUAAGAAGAUCCAGCAAUACUAUGUGAAAAUAUUAGAAAAGAUAUAUUCUUAGCAACUCAACUCACAGCAAGUUGUGGAGUUGGUCCUAAUAAAAUGAUUGCUAAACUUGCUUCUGAAAUUAAUAAACCUAAUGGAUUACAUAUUGUUGAAUAAACUCCCUCAGCUGUUCUUAAUUUUUUAGAAAAAUUACCUAUAAGAAAGAUCCCUGGAAUUGGGAAUAUCACUGAAUAAAUAUUAAUUGGAUUAAAUUUUAAUAUUUGUAAGGAUGUCAGAGACAGAGCUGAUGAACUUUAUGUAAUCUUUACUCCUAAAACUUUUGAAUAUAUAUUUUAUUCUUGUUGGGGAGUAUCAAGAAACUAUCAUGUAGAAUUUGAAGAUUAACAUAGUAUAAGUUGUUAAAGAACUUUUUCUAGCAUAAGUACUUAAAGAGAAUUUGAAGAUAAAAUUGAUUAUAUAGCAGAAAUAUUAGCAGAAGAAAUGUAAUCAGAAGAAAAAGUUGGAAAUCAUCUUACUUUGAUUAUUAAAACAUCUAAAUUUGAAAUAAGAAGUAAAUCAUUGUAACUUAAUUAAUAUACAAAUCAAUCUAAAUAAAUUGCUAUAUAUGGAAAAUAAUUACUUAAGAUUAUGUAAUUAGAUGAACCAAUAAGAUUACUUGGAUUAAAAAUGAGCUCAUUAGCAAAUGAAAAAUAAAUUUAAAAAUAAUCCAUCUCUACUUAUUUCAAAAGACAAAUUGAUAAAUCAAAUGGCUAAGAAAACUUAGUACCAUCUAUCAAGGGUUCAAAAUCUCAUUAAAUUUCUGAUGAAAAUGAUUCUAUUAAUAAAAUACAAUUACCAUAACAAGAUCAAUCAAAACCUGAUAUAUUAAGUGAUGAUGAGGCUAGUAGUAUUAGUAAUUAGAUCCUAUCUGGAGUUAAUAGUAAAAGUCAUUAAUCACAAUAAUAAUAACAAUAAUAUUAAUAAAAAUAGUAAGCAUAACCAAAAUCAUUUCGUUGUCCUAUUUGUAAUAAGGAAAUUGAUUGUAAAGGGAAUAAUACUGUAUUAAAUAAGCAUAUAGAUAGAUGCAUAACAUAAUAAAAUGUAAUAGUAGAAUAAUCAGAUGAGUCAAAUAGAAAUUUUUCUGGUUCAAAAAACAAGGUUCCAUCUAAAAUUGAAAGUAAGGCUUAGAAGAGUUUAAAUUUUUUUAAGAAAUGA